CCUCUCCGUCACUCCGCUGACGCUGAUGUUAUCGUGGUGCUGAUGCUGCUGCUGGAUUAACAGUUUCUCACUGGCGCCUGACGACGAGUUGGGACACUUUGUCUGAGGAGCAAACCUGAGAGAAACCUUCAGAGCUGCUGCAGCUCCUCUGACUUUCUGUCAGGGACACACACACGCACACACACACACACACGCACGCACACACGCACACGCACACACACACGCACACACGCACACACACGUCAACUCAGCGCCGGAUGCUCUGCAACAUACAUGAGAGGACUCAUCCUGACUGAAGGUUGUUGAAACCUGCUAUCUGACGGAGAGGAGAGGCAUGGAGGCGGAGGGCAGCGCUCCCCGGGCGGCGAUGGAGUCAGGCAACCCGUUGCUGAAGGCGGUGUUCCUCCGUCGCCUGCGCCUGACGCGGCUGCUCCUGGAGGGAGGGGCCUACGUCAACGAGAGCGACGGCCAGGGCCGCACCCCCCUGAUGGUGGCCUGCACCACCCGGCACGCCGACGCCCAGAGCGCCGGCCGGGACAAGCUGGUCCAGUUCCUCCUGGAGAAAGGGGCGGACCCCGACAUCCAGGACAAGGAGGGCCGCUCGGCGCUAAUGCACGCCUGCCGGGAGCAGGCCGGCCCCGAGGUGGCGGCUCUGCUCCUGGCCAGCGGGGCGGACAUCGGCCUGGAGGACCGGUCCGGGACGUCGGCGCUGGUCUACGCGGUCAUGGCCGGGGACUGGAAGGUCCUGAAGCUGUUGCUCGACACAUGCAAGGCCAAAGGGAAGGAGGUGAUCAUCAUUGCCACCGACAGGUUCCCGUGCGGGAAACUGCAGGCCGAGCGGUACCUCGGCCUGCCCCCCCUCGGCCCCCUGGACGGGCCCGACGGGACGGCGUCGGCAGCUCCGGCGUCCCCCUCUGAGAUCCAGCUCAUCACCUCCCCCAGGUGCGCCCCCUCUUCCUUACGCCCCCCGAAGACAGUCUUCUCCUUUAAAGAUGACCAGUCCGGGAGCGUGAGCUCCCACCCGUGUUCCCCGUCCCGGUUCCAGCGGUUCGGCCAGGCGGCGCCCAACGGCCUGCAGCAGUCCCUCCUGAGGCUGAACUCCGAGCCCUGGCUGAAGGUCCCGGCGUCUCUGCUCCGCCAGCAGCCUCACGCCAGAGACCGAGCCGAGGACCCCUCCCUCCGGACCCCCGAACCGGACCGCGGGGAUUCAAAGAGUGACGGCUUCAAGUGGUACGAAGGCAGAGCCGCGACGGACAACGGGGCGGAGGCGAAGAACGGAUGCGGCAAAGACGUGGGGCCGAAGAUCUCCUUCCCGGGUCUCCUCUCGUCCCACUCCGCCUCUCACCCGAACCUCCACUCUGCAAACCUCGGCGCAGAUUCGCUCCCCUCCUCCUCCUCCUCCUCCUCCGGCGGCGGCAAACACGCCGGCACUGCGCUGCACGCCGCGGCCUCGUCCAGCCUCCGCAGCAUAAUCCAGCGGCGGAAGCUGGGGGACAUCUACAGCUCCGACCCGCAGCUCGCCAGAGACGUCCACGGUCUGCCCGAGGAGUCCCAGCAGGGAGCCCGCGGAGACCUGGCGGAGGGCAAGAGGCUGGCCCCCCUGCGCUGCUCCAGCACGCUGGGCUCCCGGGAGGCGCCGGCGGGUCCGAGACGGCGGGUGCUGUCCGGGUACGAGCGCAGGGGAUCCGGGGCCUUCCUGUUGGACCACAGCUGCCAGGCCAAGCCCAGGUCUCUGCCGCCUCUGGCCCUCAACCACGGCAACAACCCCGCCCUCAAUGCGUGCGGCGGCUCCGGCGAGAAGGAGCACGUGGCGAGGAGCCUCCUCCCCUCCGCUCCUCCUGGCCACCCCACAGAGAUGACCAGGAGGAUGCUGCUGAGGAGACACUCGAUGCAGACGGAACAGUUCAAAACCACAGCCUGAAGUCCGGUCCAGCCGACCCUGA